GCGCAUAUAUAAGCGUUGGCGGAGCGUCGGUUGUAGCACUCUGCGCGCCCGUUCCUCGGCUCUCUCGUCCGUCCUUCCGCCAGCGCCGCCGCCGCCGCCGCCGCCGCCAUCAUGAGGGAGAUCGUGCACCUGCAGGCCGGCCAGUGCGGCAACCAGAUCGGCGCCAAGUUCUGGGAGGUGAUCAGCGACGAGCACGGCAUCGAUCCCACCGGCACUUACCAUGGCGACAGCGACCUGCAGCUGGAGCGGAUCAACGUGUACUACAACGAGGCCACCGGCGGCAAGUACGUGCCCCGCGCUGUGCUCGUGGACCUGGAGCCAGGCACCAUGGACUCCGUGCGCUCGGGACCCUUCGGGCAAAUCUUCAGGCCAGACAACUUCGUUUUCGGUCAGAGCGGUGCUGGGAACAACUGGGCCAAGGGGCACUACACGGAAGGCGCGGAGCUGGUCGACUCGGUGUUGGAUGUUGUGAGGAAGGAAGCUGAGAGCUGUGACUGCCUGCAGGGCUUCCAGCUGACCCACUCCCUGGGUGGGGGGACUGGGUCUGGGAUGGGUACCCUCCUCAUCAGCAAGAUCCGGGAGGAGUACCCGGACAGGAUCAUGAACACGUUCAGUGUGGUGCCCUCGCCCAAGGUGUCGGACACGGUGGUGGAGCCUUACAAUGCCACCCUCUCGGUCCACCAACUUGUAGAAAACACAGAUGAAACCUACUGCAUUGAUAACGAGGCCCUGUAUGACAUCUGCUUCCGCACCCUCAAACUGACCACACCCACCUACGGGGACCUCAACCACCUGGUGUCGGCCACCAUGAGCGGGGUCACCACCUGCCUGCGCUUCCCCGGCCAGCUGAAUGCUGACCUGCGCAAGCUGGCCGUGAACAUGGUGCCCUUCCCCCGCUUGCACUUCUUCAUGCCGGGCUUCGCGCCGCUCACCAGCCGCGGCAGCCAGCAGUACCGGGCCCUGACGGUGCCUGAGCUCACCCAGCAGAUGUUCGACGCCAAGAACAUGAUGGCCGCCUGCGACCCCCGCCACGGCCGCUACCUGACCGUGGCCGCAGUAUUCAGGGGCCGCAUGUCCAUGAAGGAGGUGGACGAGCAGAUGCUGAACGUCCAAAACAAGAACAGCAGCUACUUCGUGGAGUGGAUCCCCAACAACGUGAAGACCGCCGUGUGCGACAUCCCGCCCCGGGGGCUCAAGAUGUCUGCCACCUUCAUCGGCAACAGCACGGCCAUCCAGGAGCUGUUCAAGCGCAUCUCGGAGCAGUUCACGGCCAUGUUCCGGCGCAAGGCCUUCCUGCACUGGUACACGGGCGAGGGCAUGGACGAGAUGGAGUUCACCGAGGCCGAGAGCAACAUGAACGACCUGGUGUCUGAGUACCAGCAGUACCAGGACGCCACGGCCGAGGAGGAGGGCGAGUUCGAGGAGGAGGCGGAGGAGGAGGUGGCCUAGAGCUGUUACCUGGUGAAGCGCGUGGAAGCGGUGUGAACGCUUUAUUCACUCACAACCUGUUCUCUGUGUGCACUUGCUCUCCUUCCUGUCUUGACGUCACAUUGCUGUCCAGACGCCGCCAUUAAAGCAUUUUCAUAGUG